AUGGGAAGGAAGCUGGACGCUCUACUAGGAAGGAAGUCGAGGCAGAUGUCGAAGCUGAAGACCCUGCUGGGCCUCACCGUCUCCCGCCUGGCCGUCCUCCGCAACCGCCGUCAGGUCCGGUGCAACCAGGCGCGCACCGACGUCGCCCAGCUACUCCAGCUCGGCCACGUCGACCAUGCCCUCCUCCGCGUGGAGCAUGUAAUCAAGGAGCAGAACAUGGUGGACGUGUUCGUUAUGUCGGAGCACUAUUGCCAACUGCUGAUCGAGAGAUUUGUGCUCUUGGAUCACAAGGAGUGCCCGGAGGAGCUGCGGGAGGCGAUCUCGAGUCUGAGCUUUGCGGCAUCGAGAUGCGCAGAAUUGCCGGAGCUGGAUAAGGCCCGAGGCAUCUUCUCCUCCAGGUAUGGCAAGGAACUCGUGUCGGCGGCCGUGGAGCUGAGGAACAAUUGCCGUGUCAAUCCCAAGAUGAUUCAGAAGCUGUCGACCAGGCAGCCAAGCCUGGAAAUCCGACAGCGGGUGACGAAGGAGAUCGCUGCCGAGACGGGCAUCAAUCUUGAUUACUAUGAUCCUUGUACUGAGGAUGCAGGGGGAGAUCCACCAGUAAAUCUCGUACAGGAGCAGCUCAAAUCUGAUGAGAACCUUUCGAUGAGAACGCCUCAGAAGUAUGAAGAUGUGGCCAGUGCAGCGAAGGAUGCCUUCGAAGCAGCAGCCUUUGCUGCGGCAGCUGCAAGGGCCGCGGUGGAGCUCUGCCGAUCGGAGUCCCAAGGAAGAGGCUCUGAUCCCGACAAUGAAUCCGGUGGCCAAAGCAGAAUUGAGGAGGUGGAGGAGCCCAAGGCAGCAGCCAGCGUCGACAAUUCUGGUGAUCAGAUCCAUGGUUCAGAUUCAGAAGAGGAAAUAGAAGCAGAACAGCAUGAUUUGCUUGGGGAAGACAGGUUUAAGGAGAAGUUCGUCAAGCAGUUCCGGAGACCACCUUCUUGGAGCUCAGAUUCGAGCGAGGAAGAAGAUGAUACGAACGAAGAAGAUGGGGGGUGGCUCCAUGCAUCCUUAGGAGGUGGUUCACCUGACGAGCAUCCGGAAUCUUACUUGGGUCCUUCCUACAGCAGAGGGAACGAGAGAAGCAAUCCACCGCACGAAGCGAAGACAGAAUUAAAAUCCGGAACUGAAGGAAAGAAAGCCAUCUCCGUGAGGACCCGAAGAGGACUUUUCGAGUAGGACGGCUGAACGUGCGAGGAAGGAGCUUCAAUGACAAUGCCCAAAUAACAGAAAUCUUCCUUUCGCUCUUCUUUCCACUAUCUGAGACACUGUGAAUCGAGUCUUUGUAGGCGUGCAAACUUUGUACUCUGCUUUUCUGCUCGUGUGUUUUGUCGACGCAAAAUGAGGGUGGCGAUGCUAUUGUUCUGUGA